UAGUUCACCAAAACUAAUUUACGCUUUUAGUUCGGUACUAAAUGAUAUUCUUUUCAAGAAAUUAAUUAUGUAGUUAUGACUUUCAUCUCUCAGGUCACUCAAGACAAUUGAUUAGCUAGCUAAACAUAAAUGCAUCGUUGAUUCUUCGAUUAUCAUUAAAUUUAAAUGCAAGCCGAAUUACCUAACUCACAAUUGACUUUCUGCUCAAAUACCCAAAAAAAAAAAAUUAAGAAAGGUAAGAAGAUAGAAGUGGAAAGUGGAAGUAAAUGAAACCGCUGCAUGAUUCAUCCAUGUAGGGCCUAUAUAUAUGUUGCAGGCAAACAACAAAUUUAAGCUCAUUACAAAACCAUAAAGAAGAGCAGAGAGAGAGAUGGCGGCAAUGGUUACUGUUGACCAACCAGCUGUAGAAUUACGAAGAAAAAGGGUUGAUUUUCACCCUUCUGUCUGGAAUGAUUUCUUUGCCCGCUCCAUCGCCGUCGAUCAUCAUGAUUCUCAGCAGACUUUGAAGGAAGCUCGGCAACUGACGGAAGAAGUCAGGGAACUGCUCAGGGGAGCUUCCAGUAAUGAUGAUAAGAAGAUCACCAAUACGAUUCUGGAAAGGCUGGAGAUGAUUGACGCCGUGCAAAGGCUUGGCAUCGCUUACCAUUUCGAACAAGAAAUCGAAGCUGCUCUCCUUCAAAUCUCCUGCACCGAUGAUGAUGAUGAUGACAACGCUGACUUGUACGCCGUUUCCCUCCGGUUCCGGCUUCUCAGGCAGCAGGGCUAUCCCAUCAAUCCCACGCGUGUGUUGGAGAAAUUCAAAGACGAGAAGGGCAACUUCAAGGACGAUCUGGCCGGCGACGUGAAAGGGCUGCUGAGCUUGUACGAAGCUGCUUACUACAGAGUGAAUGGAGAACAGAUAUUGGAUGAAGCACUUGAGUUCGCAAGAACUCAACUUGGGCCCAUUGCCCGGCUAGAGGACUCGCCUUGGGCUGACCGAGUGAGACACUCGUUGAAAUGGCCCAUACUCAAAGGGCUGCCCAUAAGAGAGUCGAGGCACUUCAUGUCGUUUUACCAACAAGACGAGACCCACAACGAAGCCAUUCUGAAGCUAGGGAAGCUGGAUUUCAACUUGGGGCAGAAGUUGCAUCAACACGAGCUUAAACUUCUUACCAAGUGGUGGAUGGAUUUGGAUACGUCGAACACGCUUCCAUUUGCGCGAGACAGAAUGAUAGAAUGUUACUUAUGGGCAUUGGGGCCACUCGUAAAGCCAGAUCAUACCACCGGCAGAAUAUUCCUCACCAAAUUGACUGCACUUGUCUCCAUCCUAGACGAUAUCUUCGAUGUCCACGGCACUCUUGAUGAACUCGAGUGCAUCGUCAAUGUCAUUGAGAGGUGGGGGAUCAGUGACGAAGAUGUGGUGCCGAACUAUUUCAAGUUUUGGUUCAACACAUUGCUUGACCUGUUUGCUGACAUAGAAGCUCAUGUAUCAAAGGAAGGCAGGUCCUUCUGUAUGGUGUAUGCAAGGAGAGGGGUGAAAGAGUUGGUGAGAACAUACAUCAAGGAAGCAAGGUGGUACAACAAAGGUUACAUACCAAAAAUGGAAGAAUAUGUGCCUAAUGGUUAUGUGAGUGUGGGUUAUCCCCUAGGUAUGACAAUUCUUUGUUGUGGGAUGGGGGAAGCUGCUUCAGAAGAGGUCUUCCAAUGGCUGUUCAAUCAACCAAACCCUAAUAUUGUUGUGGCUGGUUCUAGCAUUGUCAGACUCAUGGACGACAUAGUCUCUCACGAGUUCGAGCAAGAGAGGGGUCAUGUUGCUUCGUCCGUGGAGUGUUACAUGAAGCAACAUGGUGUGUCAAAACAAGAGGCAUAUGUGGAGUUGAACAACUUGGUGGAAAUUUUGUGGAAAGACGUAAAUGAAGAUCUGUUGCGACCUUUGAAGGUUUCGUUGCCAAUUCUGACAGCCAUAGUCAACCUGGUGCGAGUCAUGGACUUGUUGUAUAAAGACGAGGACACUUACACAAAUGCCAAGACCUUCAUGAAAGAAGUGAUCACCGGCACUUUGGUGGAACCCGUGCCUAUAUAACUGCCUCUCGUUUUUUCAACAAUAUCUUGUGCGGCUUAUUGGAGAGAAUAUGUGCAUGCAUCAUACUAGUCAAUAAUAGAACCUAAUUGUCAGAAAAAUUCAAUAAUAGAAACUCAUGAUAUAAUAAUUUACAAUCAUUGAGAAAAACUAUCCUUUUUUUUUUUUAUGUUUGUUGGCCUUCCUAUAUUAUUGUCUGAACUAACUAAGCUGAAGCUCAGACAAAUAAUGAAAUUGACAAACGAUUGUUUUCUUAGGUAAACAUUGAAUGGUACAGCGGAUUCGUAUCUUAUUCAAAUCAAUAAACGAAGCUCUUCAGCGACUAAAAUAAAGGCUAUACGCCAGCGGUUUCCAAGCAGAGGUGGUCAGGCCCGCUACCACAAAAACAAACACGGCCCAAUAGUGGCAGAUUCGUAUCUCCUCUCUCAUUGGCAUGCAUGCCGCAUAUCCUGGGUAAUAGAUGGAGUUUCACAUGGUAGUUGCAUCUUCCCAUAUUCUCCAGCUGGCACAGAAAUCAGCUUUCAUUUUGCGAAAAUGCAUGGAGAAAGGAAAGAUAUAUCAACUAUACUUGGUUGUCACUUCAAGGCUCAAAUUAGGUUGAAUUAGGUUAUGAAACAAACAGAAAUGUAAAAAAUACUAACAUUAAAGGUGUAAUUAGGGCUGUUAGCGGUGCGGUUUCGGUUUUAACCGAACCGCCAAUGCGGUUAACCGCAGCCGACAAUCAUCCAAAAACCCCAACCGCCACCGACACCGAUUGCCUCGUCGGUUAGCCGAAAACCGCCGUCACGGUUUCGGGUCGGUGUCGCGGUUAGCUGAAGACCGACGCAAGGGGUGGAUCUGGCCGAAUUUCUGGAUCCGACUGUCGAAUCUCGCCGCCAAAUCACCAAAUUUCUGGAUGGAAUUGGGGGUGAGGUGGCAAUUAGAACCGGCGAGGAUCCAAGAGGGCAAAUCGACAGAAGUAGGGGGUGACAAUCACCCCUUGCAUGUCUUCUUUUCUUCUAUCAAGUGACGGCGACGGACACCGAGGAAGGCAUGGCGACGGCGACGGACAACGAGGAAGCAGGGGACGGAGAUGGCGAUGGACGAUCGAUCUUCACUAGAGCAAGCCAACAACGCCCCUCUUCUCCUUCUUGACCUUUGUUCGUUGAAUCUCGACUAUCGCCGCUUUCUUAUCGGCGGAGGAGAACCAAAUCGCCGCUUUGUGACCUUGGAUCUGGAGGAUACAGGGAAAGGAAGAAAGGGGGAGAGGCGGAGAGCGGCUAGGGGAGAGGGAGAGACAAAGGCGCCUUAUUGUUUUUCGAUACGGGUUAGCGAUGGAGGAGGGAGGAGAAGGGAACGGAGAAGAAGGGAGAGACUGGCGAGAGGAGAGGGAAAAUCUUGUUGUCUUGGACGAGGAAGAGGAAGAGAGUGGGGGUUGCAAACUUGCAGUGGGAGACUAAAGGGGUGAGAAGUCGGUUUUUCGGUGAACCGAGUUUAUCUCGGUUACUUCACUCGCGGUUUUCGGUUAGAAUUAUAACCCAAAUCUACCAACCGACGCCGACACCGCCAGACUAUUAUCGGUUUUUGGUUCGGUCUUUAACCAACGGUUCGGUUGUUCGGUUAAACCGUAUAACCGGCAACUGAUUAUCACCCCUAGGUGUAAUUAGGUUAAAGGCAGUUAAUGAGAUGGUUGAUACAAUAUCAUUUUGUGUGUACAAUCAUCUUAAUCCAAAUAGAUUUAUUUGAAUUUGUGUAUACAAUCAUCUAAACCAAAAUAGAAUCAUUUGGGUCUAAUCCAAACUGGACCAAAUUCAAACUCAACCCAAACCAAGAACCAUUAAAAGUACAUAUGAGUCCAUUUAAAUCGGACUCAAUAACCAUAUAAAUCGUCUUAAUUUGA